AUGGAAGGAAAACGGCUGCCGUGUAUACCUGUCGGCGGCCUGCGCGUUCGCCGUGCGCCGGCAGCUGCCAUGCCGAUGCCCAUCAUUCUUUCUGGGCAGCAAGGCGGUGGCGCGCGCUUUCUAAGAUGCGGGAUAAUUUCUGGGACGGACGUGCGAACGCUCACCAGCAACAGAUGGGUGGGCCUGGCGUCCCAUGCGUGCCCUGCGCCCGGUGUCGAUACCGGGCUGUCUGCCAACCGCCCGGCAGACGUCGGAGGGGAAGGAUUAAUUGCGUCCACCCCGCCCCCAAAGUCGAUGCCGGCCGCCCUAAAGUCGAUGUGCCUAUUUGACAAUUUCGGUGGCGUUGAUCGGGUGGGCAGGGUGAUAGAUUUGGAUGGUUGA